GCAAAUUGUAGACUUAACCGUGAAUGAGGAUACUGAUGGAGAGGCCAAUGCAGCGACACCAGCUGUGAGUGAAAAUUGGAUGGAUUGCUUUGCACCAAACACAAGCGAAGACCUGGCUGUACAUCCCAAGAAAGUUGGCGAUGUUCGCAACUGGUUGCAGCACUGCGAGGCGAUGCGAAAGAAGUAUCCGGCCCAGAUUUGUCUGCUGACGGGACCAGCAGGCUGCGGCAAAACGGCCACGCUUCGUGUACUGGCCCAAGAGAUGGGUUACGAGCUGCAAGAAUGGAUCAAUCCCACAGACUGCGAGGAGAUCAAUGCGUUGGGCGAUCAACCUAACGAGGGAACUUAUAUGGGCUCCCAGCUGCAGGCAUUCAAGAGCUUUUUACUGCGCGCCUCCCGCUACAAAUCGCUGCUGUCCACGGGGAACAAGCGAUUGCUACUUGUGGAGGACUUUCCAAAUUGUUUGUUAAAAGAUGCAACAGCCACAUUUGAGGAUUUGCUGGAUGAAUAUGCCAACUAUGGCAAAUCGCCGCUGGUCUUCAUAGUAGCCGACAGCAAAUCCCGUAUGCUCAACAUCAGCUACAAGCUGUUCACGGAUCAACUGAAGGCCAAGCUGCGCAUUGAACACAUUAGCUUCAAUUCCAUAGCAGCGACCAUUAUGCAAAAGUCCAUGAAGCGCUUUGCCACUCUGAUGCAGCAGCCCCAGCACAAAAGUCUAUAUAAAUUGCCCACGCAGACGGUUGUAGACUCGAUUGUGGUGUGCGCCCAAGGGGACAUUCGGAAUGCGCUGAUCAAUCUGCACUUUGGUUCGCUGAAAGGGGCGCCGGGCAUGGAAACCAAACAGCUGAAUGUUAGCGUUCCAAGCAAGGGGCGCAAACGGAAGGCAACAAAUACAUUAAAAUCCAUUGGACGGGAUGAGUCUAUAACAAUGAUGCAUGCGCUGGGUCGAGUUUUCAAUCCCAAAUAUACUGAAACUAAGGACAAGUGUCUGCUGCACAAUCCAGAGGACUUAGCUGAAGCCUUUUCCACAGAGCCAAAAAACUUUGUUAACUUUAUUCACGCCAACUACCUGCCGCAUUUCCAGAAUAUUGCCAAUGUCAAUUCCGCGCUCAACGAUAUUGGACUGGCAGACAUGCUGCUCCAAGAGUAUAGGGAUGAAUCGCUCUCCUUGGUGGGCCUUACCAUAGCCGUGCGUGGCUGCAUGGUGGCCAAUGUGACGCCUGUCUCAGGCUGGAUGCCUGUGCGCGGGCCCAAACGUCUUACGAUUGAGCCACAGCUGACGCCAGCGGAGCAAAGGCUACUAGGCGUGGCCAGUGGUGCCAUCUCUAAGCGCCUCUAUGCCAGCGAAUACAGCUCAUUUGUUAAACUGAUAGCGGAUAAAACCAACUAGGGAAGCUAAUUUAUAAA